GGCAUGUUGUAAUCAAUCUGAGGCAGGUUGAAUGUUGGGUUUCAUAAUUUCAUGUGUUUUCUCAGUGAAGGAAUCGACCUAGAUUACUAAGUCUUGAUAUUUGUGGAGUUUGGACUCUCACCGCCCUGGAAAUAAGGUUUGCUGGACUUUAUCUCGCCUUGGUCCACGGUUAUUGUGUUUUUUCAGUUGGACUCCAUAAGAUGGUACUGGUGGAAAAUUGAUUAACUAUGUCCACGUUUGUUCCAUGUUUGAGCGAGAAUCACCAGGCACUGAAAAAUGUUGCUCAGGUAUGAUUUCAUAUAGUCAUAUUGCUGCAAUACUCUGACAAUAGAGGCUUUUGCAUAUGAGAUAAUUGAGAGAGAGAGAGAGAGACAGAGAGACAGUAAGAAUACUAUGACAUGGUCUACUUUUAUAUUUAGUUAUGGCUGGAAGCAAGGUUUAUGAAUUGAUUUGGUGCGAGUAUAAACCUUUGCAAUAUCUCUGAUAGGUUAACCGGCUUCAAGAUGUGAGAGCUUGUGUAACUUAGCAGCAGCAGUGCUUUAAAUAUUUCAUGUGCAGGUGUUCUUCCACUAUAAGCAGCUGGCAAACACUCUUGUUUUUCUGUUCCCAGGCUUCUCACAAGUCAACUUGGAAGAAUGGAAGUUUUUACGCUUGUUUUAGAUUGCAGUUUGGUUCUAGCCUUCUCAGAGAAGAUGUUGAAGUGAGAUGUUUGAUUUAGCACAUUAUGUAAUAAGCAAAAAACAUAGUGAACCUUUCAACUAUGUUCAAAAUUCCUGAAAUUGUUGGUUUUGCAACAACCAAUCUUGCAAAGAAUUGUGUUCAUUCACGAACGUGGCAAGUUAAAGUGUUGAACCCCUUUGUUUUGCACAUGUGAAGUUUCUUGUCUCGACCGCGUUUAUCAUCAUGAAAAUAGUAUUGAAUGUAAUUUAAUGAAUCUUCUUGUGAAGAUGCAUGUAGACCUUGUAGUGAGGAUACACAAGGUCAGCACAUCCCAGUCCGGCCCUUGGUGCAGCUCAGCUGUCUGAACAAAUGCAGGUUUCCAGCCGAGUUUUUACCUGGCCCUAACCCGCAUUUGAUCAGCUCCUUGGAUCAUUCUUUGUACUUCAUCUUGAAUCAGUAUCAGCUGCAAUACCACUGCAUCUUCUUUUGCAGAAAUGGAUACACUGUUCCAGAUUGCUCAGAGAGGGGAUGUCGAGGAAUUACUCCAAUUAUUAGCAAAAAAUCCCAUUCUACUCCAUCAAGUCCCUCUUAUAAGUGCUCAAAAUCCUCUUCAUUUUGCUUCUGUAGCUGGUCACUUGGAUUUUGCAAAGAAAAUAUUGGAAUUAAUGCCCGAAUUUGCUAGACAGUUGAAUGCAGAAGGAUAUAGCCCGAUGCACUUAGCAUCUGCAAAUGGGUACAUAGAUAUAGUGAGAGAGAUCAUCAGAGUUGACGCAAAUAUAUGUCGUCUUGGAGGAAGAGAAGGGAUAACACCCCUACACCUUGCAGUGCUAGGAGGAUGGGUUGAUGUGAUAAGUGAAAUGCUAGCAAAUUGUGAAGGAUGCAUAGAGGAUGUAACAGUGCAUAAGGAGACUGUUUUGCAUCUUGCUGUUAGGAACUUUCAGCUCGAGAGUUUGCAGAUUUUGUUGGAUUGGACAAGUCAAAUGAACAAAGAAGAGAUUCUGAAUAGAAAGGAUGAACAUGGCAAUACCAUCCUGCAUCUUGCUAUCUGGAAGAAACAAAGACAGGUUGUGGAAAUGCUUCUAAGAAACAGUUCUAGGAUUCUGGAGGUAAAUGCAAUAAACAAGAGUGGUUUGACAGCACUAGAUUUACUGUUAAUCUUUCCAAGUGAAGCUGGUGACAGAGAAAUUCAGGAAGUACUACAGUAUGCUGGAGCAUUAAAAUCUCAAGAUAUUACCCCCCAUAACACAUCUUGCUCUAGAACUCAUGAUGCUCCGGUAAUCAAUAACCGAGCAAAGGAUCUCAUUGAGUACUUCAGAUUUCAUGACGGAAGAGAUUCUCCGAGUGAUGUUCGAAGUACACUUCUGGUUAUAGCUGUGUUAGUAGUAACAGCAACAUAUCAAGUUGGUAACAGCCCGCCAGGUGAUGUAUGGCAGGACGAUGAUGAAGGACAUCUUGCUGGGACAUCAAUCAUGGCCACUAAGGAUUUAGUGUCGUACAUUUUAUUAGUUACUUGUAAUUCUAUUGGAUUCAACGUCUCUCUUUACAUGAUAUAUACAUUAACGAGGAAAUUCCCCUUACAAACAGAGCUUCAAGUUUGUGUCUUUGCGUUGUACAUGACAUUCAACGUUGCCGUAACUGUUACUUCUCCCAAAAGCACCAGACUCUUCACAAAUGUGUUCACAUCAGUGUUGCCUACUGCAGUACCACUAGCCUGCGGUCUGCUCAGAAAAUUCAGAGUUUUUGAACGUUUGGGAGGAAUACUCGGUAAAUUUACAAGAAAAUUAAGGUGUGAAGAAGAAUGAAUGACAUCUGAAAUCUCUGAAACUGACCAUGUUGGUGGUUCGGUACUUGUAUAUUGUAAAAUACUGCGGCAUAGAAUCUCUCAAAUUUCCCUCUUCUGUACAUCUUUUGGGAAAGAGAUGCAAGGUUUUUCACUAUUAAGUAUUAAUUAGUUAAUGACUCGGAUGAUGAUGUGAGUAAUCAUGACUUGUAUAUAGUUAUUUGUUAGUAAAGUGUGUUUUGCGCAUUAGAGUUUAAUCUUGAUGUUGUUAUGUUUUAUUACUAUAUUUUCUCUUGUAAUUUAAAAGUUUGUGAUCAACUCAUUUAUCAAGUUUUUUAAGAUAAGAAAGCAUGUAUAUUAGGCUAACCGCUAAUGGGCAGGAAACUAGGAACUCUAUCAGUUAAGGUUGUUGGCUAUUUGCUCAAAAUUUCUUCAUCUUUGUAAAUUACAUUUGCCUUCAUCUUUCCAUCUUUGUAAAUUUACAGUAUAAUUACAACAAUCUCAAAAAUUCAUGAAACAUUUACAGUGGUUGAUAAAGGUGGAUUUUCGAGGUUUAAACUUGACAACCAAU